AUCUGUAUUUUGUUAAAAUGACGCGACCACGAAAAUGGUGGAUGGUAUUAGUAAUACUAAUCUUGUAUUCAUCACUUACUGUGGCACAUUCAACAGACGAGGAAGCUGAUAAUGAAGGUAAUGAGGGAGAAGAAAGUUUAGAUGGAACUCGGGAGGAAGAAGUCGUAGCGGCAAGUUCAAGCGAAGACGUUCCACCUGACGUAGCUCACGAUGAAGCCAGUAAUGCCGACAGUUCUGAGACCGCCGAAGGUCAGACAGAGUCCAAAGUGGAACAGUCCCCAAAUGAGAUAAGAGCAAACGAACUAUACGAAACUGCAAUGAGCAUUUUGAAUCAUACUAAGCAAGAUGAGCAUCAUGCGUAUGAGCUGCUGGUAUCUGCUGCCGAGUUAGGGCAUACAGAAGCUUUGCAAAAAUUGGCGUGGGCUCGACUGCUGGGGAAACACCUGAAGCAAAAUAUUACACAGGCAGCUGAAAUUUUUGAAGUGCUUGCGCUGAAGGGAAAUGCAGAGGCACAAAUGGGUUUAGGCUUCAUGUAUGCCACUGGGAUUGGAAAAAAUUCAAGCCAGGCCAAAGCAUUAGUUCAUUAUACAUUUGGUGCUCUUGGUGGUAGCCAGUGGGCCCAGAUGGCUCUAGCCUACAGGUACUGGUCUGGUAUCAGUGUUGCUUCCAACUGUGAAACUGCUCUUACUUAUUAUAGAAAAGUUUCCCAUACAGUGGCAGACGAAGUUUCCUUGUCAGGAAAUCGAGCAGUACAGAGAGUCCGUUUGUUAGAUGAAGUUGACAAUCCAGGAUCAUCAUCAGCUCUUCUAGAUGAUGAUCUCAUUCAGUAUUACCAGUUUUUAGCUGAAAAGGGUGAUGUACAGGCUCAAGUUGGCCUGGGACAACUGCACUACCAAGGUGGUCGUGGAGUUGAGCAGGAUCAUCAGCGAGCUCUCAACUAUUUUGUACAAGCAGCAGAAGCUGGCAAUACAAAUGCUAUGGCAUUUCUUGGCAAGAUGUACUUAGAAGGCAGCUCUGUUGUAAAGCAAAGUAACGAAACUGCUUUGAAAUACUUUAAACGUGCAGCAGAGCAAAAUAACCCUGUUGGUCAGAGUGGCCUUGGACUAAUGUAUCUGCAUGGGCGUGGUGUACCUCAAGACUACAAGUUGGCACUCAAGUACUUUACUAUGGCUGCUGACCAAGGUUGGGUUGAUGGUCAGCUGCAGCUUGGCAACAUGUACUUCAGUGGAAUGGGUGUGAGACGAGAUUAUAAGAUGGCCAUCAAAAACUUUAAUUUGGCCUCUCAGUCGGGGCACGUUUUAGCAUUUUAUAAUUUGGCCCAGAUGCAGGCUUCAGGAACUGGAAUGGUUCGAUCGUGUCACACUAGUGUUGAGCUCUUCAAAAACGUUGCGGAGCGAGGACGCUGGGGUGAGAUGUUGAUGGAAGCCCAUGCAGCAUAUUGGGAUUCAAGGCAUACACAGGCCCUCAUAACCUAUAUGCUUUUAGCUGAACUAGGGUAUGAAGUUGCCCAGAGCAAUGCAGCCUUUUUGCUAGAUCGCCAUGAAACUGAACUUUUCAAGCAAGGAGAAAGCUUUGCCCGUGCCCUCAUGUACUGGGGUAGAGCAGCAUCACAGGGGUAUGCAGUGGCAAGAGUUAAAUUAGGAGAUUAUCAUUAUUAUGGUUAUGGAACCUCUGUUGACUAUGAGACAGCAGCUGCUCACUACAGGCUAGCAUCUGAGCAACAGCAUAAUGCUCAAGCCAUGUUUAACUUGGGAUACAUGCAUGAGCAAGGUUUAGGUCUUAAACAGGAUAUGCACUUAGCUAAGCGGUUUUAUGACAUGGCUGCUGAAGCCAGCCCUGAUGCCCAGGUUCCUGUUGCAUUAGCUUUGGCAAAGUUAGCCUUACUCUUCACAUUCAAAUACUUUGAAGAAUUUGACUGGAUUCAUUUUGGAAAGGGUAGUAUAAAUGUACAGCUUGGUCUCGAUUGGGACAUCUACCUCAUGGGCAUUCUUUCAGUCAUCAUCGCUACCCUGAUUCUUUUCAGAAGACCACCUCUGCCAAUACUUGUGUAGUUAUUACAGGAAGAUAAGGAAGCCUUUGAUAAUCCAUACUGAAGUUGGAAUUACUUUGCUCAGAAAAGUUAUUACAUUUUUUAUGAACUCCGUUAAUUUUUCUGAAUAAGUUGAGAUACUCGAAAAGUUUCAUGCCAUAAAAUGAACCCCAGGUUAUCAAGCAAAAUUUAUACAGCUUUUUUGGUGGGUGGGGAAAGACAUCUGACAUCUGAAUGCAGUUAAUGUGUCAAGAAAGGGUGCUGUGCUCUUAGAACCUUAACAUUACGUAUUCCAUUUCUGUUUAAGAGAUGUGGGAGAGAAGAAGAGCAUUUGUAGGUACCAAAGUGGGUUCUGCAGAUGAAUUUUGGUGACGGCAUUUAUUAAGUUUUGUACAAUAUUUGAAUUUUAGCCAUUGGUCCUUUCCAAACAUUCAUUUUAACUUCACUUGUAUAUUUUAGAUCAGUAACUGAUCUUUGUAUAUAUUUGUGAUACAUAAUGUAUUCUAUGAAGACGUAUCGUUGUUAGACCAGUGACUGACCGAUGAAAUGUUUUGCAGUGCCGUUGAUGCAACAGGUCUAGGGUGCUUUAUUCAAGAAUCUUAUUGUUAACCUGAAAGGAAAGAAAGUUUUAUAUAAGAUACAAGCAUUACAAUGGUAUUACAAUAAUCAGUUUUCCUGUUUAAGCCCUCUAUAGUUUUCUUGUAUGAAUGAGAUGGAUAGUACUUGUGAAGUGUCAUCUUCCAACACUAGCUCAAGUAGGAGUACAUGUUGACUACUUUAUAUAUACACAUUUUGAGAAUGUGUUUUGUGUGGUUGAAUACAGUUUUGAUGUAUGAUUUCCUAGCUUACCAGAGACAUAGUUCAUGUGAAUGUGUGAAUGAUGUAUAUAUAUAUAUUUUUUCUUCAUCUUUUUCACUCAGACAACUAGUCACUUUAGCUGGGGGAAGUCUUUUUGAUGUAUGCUGUUGUCUUUUUCAAGUGUUAGAUCUUUAGGUGAAGGUGUGGCAUAGGUAUGUACAUUGUAGAACUCUCAUUAGCUGCAUUUUGUUGAUAAAAGGUUCCAUUUUUUUGAACAUCUGAAUUUUGUCUAUGCCAUGUAUUGUACAAUCAUUUAUCGUCUACCAUUUGCUGUACCCACCCCACCAUAUUGUAAAAUAUUAUAUUAUGUACAUGAAAUAAAGUAGAAUAUUUUGA